AUGAAGCUCUCAAAUUCUGUUCUUAUCUCACUUGUCAUAUCUUUGGCCGCUGUUGACGCUUUAGUCAUUCCAGCCUCGUUUAAGGAUUUGCCUACCGAGUUCUCCCUUGUUCCACAGAAUGAGGGGAAAACAAAGAAGGUUGGUAAAGAGGUUUCGCCCUCGGUUUCAUCGUUCAAAGGCCAAAGCGUCGAGUUUUUGGCUAAGGAGGAUGCUCUGCCUCUGAUUCAGAGAGAGGAGCCAAUUGCCGGAGGAUUCAUUGUUCUGUUGAAGGACAAUGUUUCUAAGGAGUCGUUUGACUUCCAAAGAUUGUGGGUUCAGGAUGCCCAGAUCCAGUCGUUGGCUAAAUUAGACUCUUCUGCACAAGCAGAGUUCUCUUCGAUUGUUUCUGCAGCCGGCUUCGAGAACACUAAAGGUGGAAUCAAGCAUAUUUACGACAGUGACUUUUUAAAGGGUUACAGCGGAUACUUCACUCCUGAAGUCGUUGAUAUGUUGAGAAGACAUCCGGAUGUUGCCUCGGUUGAGGUUGAUUCCACCGUCCAUGCAUUAAAGGCACAAAACCAGAUUGGUGCCCCAUGGGGACUUUCGAGAAUCUCUCACAGAGAAAAAUUAGGGCUUGCCAACUUCAACCAGUACGUUUUUGAUGGCACUGCCGGGGAAGGUGUCACUGCAUAUGUUAUUGACACUGGAAUCCACGUGACCCACCAGGAAUUCGAAGGCAGAGCCGUCUGGGGUGCCACAAUCCCUACCGAUGACGUUGAUGACGAUGGAAAUGGACACGGUACUCACUGUGCCGGAACUAUCGCUUCUAAGACUUACGGCAUUUCGAAGAAUGCCAAACUUGUUGCCGUCAAGGUCUUGGGAUCCAACGGUUCGGGUACCAUGUCUGACGUCAUCAAGGGUGUCGAGUUUGCCGCAAACUCUCACAUCAAGGAGGCUAAGGCCGCCAAGAAGAACUUUAAGGGCUCUACUGCCAACAUGUCUUUGGGUGGUGGUAAGUCUCCUUCGUUGGACAUGGCUGUCAAUGCAGCAGUUAAGGCUGGAAUCCACUUUGCAGUUGCCGCCGGUAACGACAACAGCGAUGCCUGUGGUUCCUCUCCUGCAGCCGCCACUGGUCCAGUCACAGUUGGUGCAUCUACUUUGUCGGAUUCAAGAGCAUACUUCUCGAAUUACGGCAAGUGUGUUGAUAUCUUUGCUCCUGGGUUGAAUAUCUUGUCCACCUACACUGGUUCUGAUAGUGCAACUGCCGUUCUAUCUGGAACCUCUAUGGCUUCUCCACAUGUCUGUGGUUUGCUCACAUACUUCUUGUCUCUCCAGCCUGAAGACACAUCUGUGUUCAAGUCCGGUAUUGUGACUCCGGAUGAGUUGAAGCAGGAUUUGAUCGACUUCGGUACCGUCGGUGCCUUAAGCGACAUUCCUGAAGACACACCUAACGUUCUUGUCUUCAACGGUGCUGGAAAAGACCUCAAGAGCUUCUGGAACUCAAGCGAGAUUGCAGAGCUGGACUCUACAGCCGAGGAUGCCGAUUCUGCAAGAACUGCAAAGAUUGUCGACAGUUCGAUUGAGGAGGAGUUGUCCUACGCCAAGGAUGUUCUUGAAGGAAUGAUCGACAAGGUUUCUUCAGUCAAGAAGUUGAUUUCGGGCAACUGA